GGAGCGCCAGCCCGUGGCUCUGCGCGGCGGGGGGGGCGGCGGGGCCGCCGGCUGCGGGCGGUGGCGGCGGCGGCGGCGGCGGAGGCUGAAGGGCAGCAGCGGCGAUGGGCGCUGCGGGCUGAUUGGUAAAGAUGGAAAGAGGGAGAGGAGGAGGAGGAGGAAGGAACCUGGGAGGCUCUGGCCUGCACAGGAACAUUUAUUCCCAGUCCCAACAGCAGUACCACUACCCAGCCUCCUCCCAGGGGAGCUGCAUGGAGAUCCAGGAGCUGGCCUCCAAGAGGGUGGACAUCCAGAAGAAGCGGUUUUAUCUGGAUGUGAAACAGAGCUCCCGCGGCCGCUUCCUGAAGAUUGCCGAGGUCUGGAUAGGAAGGGGCAGGCAGGACAACAUCAGGAAGAGCAAGCUGACCCUCUCCCUGUCCGUGGCUGCCGAGCUGAAGGACUGCCUGGGGGACUUCAUCGAGCACUACGCCCACCUGGGCCUGAAGGGCGGCCAUGGCCACCGGCACGAGCACAGCAACGACAAGGAGCAGCAUUCCCGGAGGCGGCCGCAGCACCCGCCGCCUUCGCCCCCGGCGUCCGUGGGCUCCGAAGAGCCCCCUCACAGCGUCCUCAAGACGGAGUACAUCGAGAGGGACAACAGGAAAUACUACCUGGAUCUGAAGGAGAACCAGCGCGGGCGCUUCUUGCGGAUUAGGCAGACCAUGAGCAGGGGACCUGGCAUGAUGGGUUACUUUGGCCACAGCUUGGGACAGGAACAGACGAUCGUCCUGCCGGCGCAAGGGAUGAUCGAGUUCAGGGAUGCUUUGGUCCAGCUGAUUGAAGAAUAUGGCGAGGGGGACAUAGAGGAUCGCCGGGGGGGAGGCGACGAGCCCCCGGAGCUCCCCGAGGGCACCUCCUUCCGAGUGGACAACAAGCGCUUCUACUUCGACGUGGGAUCCAACAGGUACGGCAUCUUCCUGAAGUCCUGUACUGACUCCAAUUGCUGCAGUGAAAGCCACCAGGACCAGAGACCACCAGAGCCUUCCCAUGGGACCUGGGUCAAAGUGGCAGCAGACACCUGAGCUAGGCAAGGGACCGCCACCCACAGGUAUUGUGCAUCCCAUUAUAACUAAAAGGGAAGGUGUCAACAGCUUUGUCCUGGAUACCACAGGAGCCCAACUCUUUCAUCCUUCCUUUUCUGCCUCUGGGACUUUCACCUCUUGCCUGCAGAGGUGCAUCCGCUCUGGAGAGUCUUCAUGUCUGUCCUGGGAUCAGUGUGUGCCAGCAUGCAGCGUGCACGUAAUCCUGCUGCAUCCCGGCCCUCUCUCCAUAGCAGCGUUUAUUGCUGAUGUCAGCACAGUGAUCCUGCAGCGCUGCCAGGGCUAACCCUUUGAGCUCACCACUGAUAAGUUCCUUCUCGCUGUCUUAUUUUAAAAAAAGAAAUAAAAAAAGAGGAGGGAGGUGCUGUAGUCGCCUGAUGAACAUUUUCAUGGAUGCUGCCAGCUUUUUACUGUGGGUUACCUUGGUGAAGGCAUAUUACAGAGAGUUUCUUUUCAAAAAGAGCUUAAAGCUGUUUAGCAGUGUGUGUUUUGUGCUGAUAUGUGUGAAACCCCAAGAAAACCCCCAAUCCAGAGCCAGAGGCAGGGGUAGUGCCCACUUAACUCCUGCCUGCAGCAUCCAGCUGCAGUUGAACCUGUUGCUUUUCACACCUCUUUCCCGCUCUUAGGAGGCACCUUCUAAAGCUGGGAUAACCUCCCUAAACCUCUCUCCUCAGGCCCUUCACAGAGGGAAGUUCACCCUCCUCCUCCCCAUUGCAGCCCUUGAGCUGUUGCAAUAGCCCUUGAGGUGCUCUCUCUCCUUCUUCAAAACCCACACCGGCCUCUUCCUCUCAGUGAGGCUGAAGAUGCUGUGGAAAACAAAACAAGCAAGAUGCCACAAUAUAGGGAUUUUUCACUUGCCUCAGCCUAAAAACCAGCCUCCUCCAGGCUCUCAGUCUUCCAAGAGCUUCCUACCUUUCUAGCCAAGCGGUUUGUUUGCUAGAAGAAAAAUUGGUAGCUUUGUGCUAGCAAUAACUGGAGUCCUCUUUCACUAGCGCAGGCAUUUUCUCCUUUGAAUUGCGUUUGAAUGCAGAAACUAUUGUGAAAUGAGAGUGGUAAUAUUGGGAAAGGGGAAAGCAGAGUGUUCCUCUGGAUAGGGUUUGAUACAAUUUGAAGCUGCUUGUGGAAGAUUGGCUGGAAGGUAAACUGAUUUGGGGCUAAAAAAGCUGGUGCUGGUGAAGUGUGUUAGUGACUCUUCAGCAGGUGGUCCAAAAUAGCUUUUUUAUGGUCUCUGACCUCUAGGAAAGAUAACUGGAUUUUUGAUCUUAGAUUGAAGGGGCAAUUUCUGCUGGAAGAAACUUCUGUUCUUUAGAAACCAUCUCAGGCUGGCAUUUACUGACAGAAACAUUUCAUGGAAGCGGACAGAAAACAAGCGAAAAAUCACACAUCUGAGUCAACCCCAGGUGAGCCUUGCAGGCCGCUGCCGCUGAGCUAGCCAGCCAUCCAGAGUUCAGGACAGAUCCCCCUUGCCACCCACCCUUCUGGUGGUCCAUGGCCACCCAGAUUUCCCUGGACACCUGUGUGGGUGUGAUGGGUUAGGAGCUCCUGGUUUUGCAGCGUCCUGGGCUGGUGUCGUGGCCCCAAGGAAAAGCGUUAAAAGUGUUCCACUCCAACAUUCCCGCGUUGUGUCGGAGCUGCGGCGCCCGUCCCGGGUGGUGGUUGCUGGGGUGGGUAUUGAGUUAGAGGGGUGCAUUUCCAGAGCAGUGCUUGGUUACCAGCUGUUGUCCAGGAUGCCGUGGCUUUUGGUACAGCAGUAAAAAAAAACCCUUUUUCUUUGAAUUUCAGUCAGGGACCUGUUUUCUGCCAAGCUACCCCCCACUGUUUCAAAUGUAUUUUAUUCUCCUUUUCUUUCCACCGGUCCUGUUCCGCUCCGCUCAACAGCUGCUGCAUUUAAUCCCAGAAGCUGCAGUUGGUAGGGAGCAAAGUGAUCUCCAUAUAACCUCUCUCUUACUCAUAAGCGUGCAUUAUGAAGCUUAACCGAUGGUAAUAAAAUGUUUUGCUUUCAACAUGCUGUCCCUGUGGUCCAAUGUUCCCGUCUUCAGGCUCCAUCAUUACGGCGGGGCGAUGUAUCGGAGCUGUUCUGCUGCUCCCCAGGAACGUGCCUGGGAAUACUGGAUGUAGGCCUCAUGGAUACCCAGCAAGGAGAGACGGAGAAGGUGGGGCAGAGCCCUUUCCAUGGGUCCCCAGGUGCGAGCAGCUCUUGGAGGAGGAUUGUGUCUUGGCAGUCCACGAGAGGCGCUGGGGGUCUUGCUUGGCUGAGACCCAAGUGCAGGUUCCCGUCUCCGUAAGAUUGUCUGGCAGCGCAAUCUGGUGUGAGAGCCUCUUCGGGGACCGCCGUGCUACGUGGGGGGAGCAGGAACAGAUUGCAGUCCUGCUGCUUGGUUGGGUUUUCUUCAUCCCUUUCACAACCACUCUGCAGGUUCAUGGCUUUAUUUGGCUUUUUGUGUCUCCUGCAUACUAAAAAAGGGAUUUUCAUGCUGUCCUGCAUGAUGGAUGAUGUUCUUGUCCAGGGGGGAAAAAGGAUGUUUCUCAUCCACGUUUAGGUAACCAUACAAGAUGUGGAAAGUCUGCUUUAGGAAUUUCAUUUUUGUUUACACACUGUUGAUGCUUUUAUUAAGAGCAUAUUUUCACAUAUAAAUAAUUUAGAGGUCAUAUGAUUUUCCUGCUCUAAACUGAAAGCAGGGAUUUCAAAGCAGGGAUCUCCAAGCAUCAUUUCUGUGUCACGGUGGGUUGCAUUAGCCCUACAGCUGUUUUUUGUUGAACAGGAUGGGGUUUUUCCAUAUUUGAGGUUUAUAGUGUUUGGUUUCAAAGAGGAAUUUCCCAGACAGAGCUCCCCAGAAGGUAUCAGAAUAUAUGGCUUUGUCAGGCAGCGAUAACAGCUUUUUUCUGGAGAUUGCCAUUUUGUAAAUAAGCUUCUUCUCAAGCAGCACGGCUACAGCUACGAAAGAUGGAUGAUUAUUUCUUCCCAAAAUGGGUCUUCCGCCGCAGGAUCUGGUUUUUAUUGCGAUAAUUAGCAUAGAAUUAAAAAUGGCCCCGCAUCUUCAGUUUGCACUGUAGUGCCUCUGGUACCGAGCAGUCUGGGAUGGUGUUUUCCUUGGAAAUAGGCUGUGUCUGGGAAUCACUUGAUUCACCGCUGAAAACCAGUGCAUGGAUAUCUGCAGGCUUCAAUGCAGCAAAAGCCUCCGUCUCCAAAAAUAAAUGAUUGCUCCUAAUAAACUUUCAAAUCAGUUGUUUUUCUGGAGACUGGAAAAGUUGCUGAGGGUAUUUGGGUGAAAAUCUAGCGCGGCGGCCAGAGCAGGAUUUUAUAAAUGCCUUUUAAUUCUGGCGCUCGGGUUUGAGGUGAGGUCACGGGCAAGCAGACAGCUUUUUCUCCUAAAAAACCUGUAAUAGCUUUUCUUUUUAAAAAUUUAACAGGGUUGCCAGUCCAGGUGGAGGCAGAAUUGUAAGGAGGGUCACACAUGGAUGACAGUGUAUCCGUAGGAGAAACUAAAGCGGCAGAAAUGCAGCACGACGCGUAAACUUCCUUGUGAGAGCCAUGCAGGAAAUUACUGUGCAAUUGGACGCGGUGUCCUAGCAUUAGAUUUAUUAUCCACUUCCAGAUCAUCUGCCAAAAAUCCUUUCAAUCGGAAGACAGGAAAGAACAUGUUAUAAAAAGACCUGGAAAAGGAGUCAUUUUGGCACAGGGGUUUUCAGGCUGGGAAUUGUCCAUGCCUGCAGUGUUUGGGUUUGGUCUCAACACUGAGGUCAACACCACUUAAACCAAAUGUGAUCCCAGUGCCUACAUAUGGCACAUGGUGAGAUGUGCUGGUCUUGCAGGACGAGGCUUGAACACAGUCCUGGAAGAUGCUUCUUUGCCCAGUCUCUUGCUCAGUGAUUACUUUUGAGCCUGCAAGACUCCAGCAUCACUUAGGGAAAGCCACAGUGUGCAAGCUGGCAUGCUUUUUGCCCAUGAUGGAUUUGUUCCCUGCUGGGGGCAGGGUCAUGGCCCCAUCCAUGUGCUUGUGGGCAUUCCCAAGGCCUUGCUGCUUUGGCAGCAAGGCUGGAUAUAUCAUUCCAGAAGUUUCUUGUCUGGAUGGUGAACUGAAAUGGUCACGCUUCCCCACUGUGCACCUCAAUGCCCUCCUCACUGUGGGGCACUGCCCACAUCACACUGCACUUCUCCAGGUCCCACAUCUUUUCCAGGCUUCUUUCUUUCCAGUUGUAUGCCUGCAAAGGUGGAUCUACAUCUGUAACCCCUGUAUGCACAAUAUAUGUAUUGCUUUUUGCUGGUAAAUCCAGUUCUUUCUGGUAGUAAUGGAAAUAAGUGACCUGAGUUUGUAGCUCUGUUUUUACUCCUGGGAUAUUAGUGUUCCCUGCUCCUGGAAAACCAUCUCCCUAGUGCUUGGUCUCCGAUGAGAAAUGUGUCUGCAGCUGUACCUGCAGCGUUCCCAACAUAGCCUGCUAGCUCCAGCAAGUCAAUACUGACUUAAAAAGAGCUUUCUGCAUAAAAAACAUCCACAUCCACUUUGGACACAUUAUGUGCAUCUGCACAGCCAGAUGUUGCCUUGUACAACACUUGGGAAAGUUGGUGACAAUGCAUGCAGGGCCUGGGGAACCACUUUGCUGUUCUGCGACCUUUUUUGGGGGUGCCUGCUGAAACAUUGUGAAAACUGAAGGUUCUGCUUUCCCCCUUUCUCAUUUGGCACUUCUGUUCUGGCAGAAAACACUCUAUUUUUGCAAAUGCUGAGUUCCUGAGGUAAGAGGGCAGGAGGGCACUGCUGGAACAUGUCCCUGCUUAUAAGGAGACACUUCCAGGCCAGGGUGAGGACUGGGACCAGCACAGUCCUUAGCAGGGAGGUUUCCUGCACCCUGUUUCCAGCAAGCGGAGCCAUUGCUUUCCUAGCACGUGUAAAGGUGGGGCUGGGUGAUGGGGCAUUUGGUGGGAAGUGUGUGUUUACCGAGAGGAAAGGGUAUGCCUGUCACCUGUUGGGAUGAAUCCUCCUUUCCCGGCCUCCUUCCAGGAGCGUGCUGAUGCAAAGUCCUUCUCUGGAGCUUUUUUCUUCACGAAAAUGAAGUUAGUAACAUCAGUGUUUACCGGACCGUCUUUGUCGUCUCGUCCUUGCAUUCAUUGUCCUUUGACUGGUAGGGUGGUUCAGAGAAACAAGCCAGCUUAAUGCAUGGUCAGAAAGCUACAAUUAACGAAGCAGACCACAAAAAAGUAGGUAAAUAGGCUAAGCUGUAAGAUAGCGUGUAAGAGGAGGCAGUCUGCCUCUGUAAAGUGCAUGAUAAGCAUCGGCCAAGCUUGUUGCAGACACUGGGCAAGGCUGCUUUCGCUAGACUUUGAGUAUCCUAGUUGCAAAGGCUCGUCAGUGUUCCUAAAGGCUCUUGGUUUUGGAGUGGGGUCGUCUUUUGUUUUCUGUGCGCUGUGACCACUUGCUUCCCGAAUGGGAUCGUAGUGAUGGAGUUAAUGGAGCUGUUCUUUAUAGUAACCUAAAAGGUGUCAGUCGUUUGCUCGUGUGUGUUCACAAGCUGAGCCGUGGCGUUGCGCGUCCCUCCGCAGUGGUGUGAUUUGAAGCACUUUUGGUGUAGCAUGUGCAGUUGCAGUGCUGUCUGUUUUUAAUUUCUCCCUGGGAUACCCUCCCCGCAUUCCCGUGUUUCGGACUCUGAACCAAACCGAUGUUGGGACUAGCACUUUAAGUACUAGUAGUCACUUUUUUUCGGACUAAACUGAGCACUGCACUUUUGUACGUACUGUUAGCACUGAGUUUUGAACUCUCUUCCCCAUCUAUUUCCCCUCCUAGGCGCAGUGUUAAUUACGUAGGGGCCAUCAGAAGAAAAUUCUGAGGUGUGUUGGACCACUGUCUGGUGCCUGAUUUCCAUUACAUAUCCAUUAGCGACUUGAUAGUAGGGAAUUUACCCAUCCAAGCUUAUUUUACACGACAGAACCAACACCUAAAUCACUGACGUCCAGGCAGACGUGGUUGUUGUAAACUUCGAGGUCACCCGGAGACCCGAGCGCAUGGCUUUUAAAAACACCAAAGAUCCAGGAGAAGUCUCAAAAGGGAUUGGGAUGGUGCAAGAUCAUCUCCCUGGCACCUGGAACCGAGCAGAGCAAGAGUCACAGGGCAGAUGCUCUUGUGUCUGGUGCGAGACCCUGGUGAGUCCGUGGGACAGCCCAGUUCAAACCUGGUACCAGUCUGAGAUCCUGGCACCAAUAAAGGCUGCGCUCUAGCCAUUGCAAUAAAAGCCGUCAUUGUGCCUGCACUGGAAGUGCUGUUGGGAUUGGUCGUGGGCUUCAACUGCAAAAGGUAUUUUUAAGUAAAAAAGAUUUACAGAUGAUUUAGAAGAUGGAGCAUAAUAACCCCGGGGUGUGCUGUUGAAUUUGGAAAGCGUUGUUAGGAGUUGAUCAGCUCCCCUGUUCAGAGGCAGUUCAGAUGUGCUAUUCCUGUUAAAUUCCUGUGGUAUUUCCAUAUGGAAGGCCAGGGAUCAGAGCUCCCUUGCCAGCAAGAAAGCAGCAGGGUAGAGUUAGUAGGAAACAUAGUCAGAAGUCUCUAGGAUUCAAAAUGGGAUUGUGAUCCCUGGGAUGCUGAAUAAUCUGGGUUUUCAUGUCCCAAACCACCCACUCCCAACCAACUGGGGGGCUUUGCUUCUUUAAGAGCCCCUGUGGGUUUUCCAUGGCAGCAAAUAAAUCAUGGUGGGUGUGAGAGCCCCGUGUUCCCUUCACACCGGGGUAUCCACACUUGGGACUGCUGCUCAUCAUCCUUGACGAGCCCAUAGUCAAUCCAAAUCCUUCUCUGGCAAUCCUUCGUGAUGGGAGUUCCUCCCUGGUGACACUUGAUGGAUAAACCCUGCCAGCAUGAUCAGUGUGAAUGCAGAGAAGGGAAUUAGCUCUUCUCCUUCACUGCUGCUAGCAAGGGGCCAUUGCAGAAAUAACCUUCAGCAACAAAAAGAAACGGGAGUGUUGGGUUUCCCUGUUGCAGCAGAUGGAGGAGUUUUCCUAAACAACUCGUUUUAGUGCCUGGUUUUCUUGGCUUCCUUCUUCAACAGACCUUCAGAGGCUUGGAUAUUCAGUGGGAACCUAAGAUGGUUAAAAACCCCAAGUCUUGAGCAACCCCAAGUAUUAUGCUCUUACAUCCUCUAUCACUGGAUGUAAAAACAAAAACAGAAUCCACAUUUCGGCUUGGUUUGGUUUAUUUUCUUCCCCUCCCCGCCCCACCAAAUUAUCCCUGCAAAUUUAGCUUUAAAGAAAUAGCACCAGGUGAUGCUGCUGCUCUUUCUGAGCCCCCAAAAUUAUAGGCUGAGGGAACAGACUCUUCAGAAAGUACCUUGGCGACUCAGAGCCCAUAUCCCGCUCACUGUUACCAGGAUAAAGGCAAACUAUUUGGAAAAUUCCCCCCCAGCAAGCCCACCUGUCUCAUUGAAAAAAGCUUGGAAGAAAGGGGGAUGUGGAACAGGUAUUUUUGUCUUAUUUUCCCCCUCAGAUGCAGUUUUUUUGCCCUUUGGAGAUGGCCUCUCGUCCUUUGGGAAGGUGGAAUUCGGCAUUUUCUCCUGCCUGUCACACGUGAGGCCUGAAUGCAAAUCCUAGCACAGCACCCUUUGCUCUGGAAGGGCCUUCUAGGUGGAAACAAAGGAUUUUGAGUUGUUUGGGUUUUCAGAUAGGUCGUGGGAAGCGCAUUGUAACAGCACACAAGCGAUGUUUUACCAACCUUUUCUGUUCCUCCAAGAGAAACUUUUUAUUUUGCUUCAGUAGUUUAGAGUUUGUUUCCUUGAAAGUAUUUUUGGACCCAUGAAGAUGCCCUUGAAAUGAGUCAAGUUUAUCAAAACAAAAUUGUGCACACACCCAUGCACCGGCCCGCGUGUUCGUGCUUGUCUCCCUGGGUGUGUAUACACAUAAGAGAAAUCUAUUAUUUCCCAAAACAUUCCUUUUUUUUCUUUUUUUCUUUUUUUUCUUUUUUUUGGGUUGGUUUGGUUUUUUCGGGGUUUGUUUUCCCCACCCCCAGGAUAUUAACCAAAAGGUGUUUUAAAGUCAUGGCAUGAAAACUCCUAAAUGUAAAUCUGAGUACCUUGUGAUGCUAAUUAACAGGUUUUUCCUGAAACUUUAUGUGAUGCUUAAUAUUUUCCUUAGAAAGUUUUGUUUCAUGUUAGAUCAUUGUUCUGGAGGAUGUUGGUCCUACUGGCAUUAAACUAAUGGAAAUAAAAUGCAUGUGUUACAAGUGUAGAAACGGUGAAGAAUUAAGUGUGAACUUACUGUACGAUACUGAUUCUGUUUUCAAACAAUCUGUUUUGCUGUUCAAUAGUUGACAUAUGGAAAUGCCAAUGUACUGUAAUUUAGCACUUUUCCAACGGACCCUGUUCUCACUACGCCUGAGGGAAGAAGCAGGUUUGGCUCGAGGCGUCUGAAUGCAGCCUCUGACCCCUUUUCUGCAUCUUGGCACCAGAACUGGCCAGGUGGAACUGGAAUUGGAACUUUUCUAUUGGUUUGGUGGCUGGCACAGGGCAGAGCGGGGUGGCUCUUCCAUCCCCAUGACCAAACCAUGACCAUUUUGCAACUUGGUCUGGUGAAAGGUCUCCCUGCCCAUGGCAGUGGAAUGAGAUGAUCCCUGAGGUCCCUUCCAUUCUGGGAUUCCAGGGUUCUGUGAUUGGGGUGCAGCCCUCGCUGUGGGUGGAUGGACUGGUGGCACCGCGCUCCUCCAGUGCAUCCCCCUGGGAGCCAGGCUGGGGCCGGGCUGUCCCCGCUGGGGUGGGAGAGCAGCCGAAGCAAUCCCUGAAAUCCAAGGGCAGAGGGGACAGCCCGCCACCACCCCUCUGCAGCCCAAACCCUCCUUUCCUAGUGCUAACAGGGUGCAAAGUGUUACUUGUCAUGUACUGUACUGAAAGGGUUAAUUGAUCAGUGACUGUAUUGUACUGUAUGAAAACUCAUGAAUUGCCUUGUAUUGUUUCUAAUGGACUGUUCCAUGUCUCCCCCUGCCCCUUGCCACGCUGUCCCCACGUUUCCCAAGGGACGCAUGUGCUCAGUUAGGUCCUCCAAACUCUCUGGUGCUAACUCCUCCGUAUCCGAUGGUGCUUCUGUGGACGCUAACUGACCACAUGCCUGUCCCCAGCUUGAAGUCCACCAUGUCUUUCUUGUCUGUUUGUAUGAAGUCUCACACACACACAUACACACACGAGAAGAAUUAAGGAUAAACUUGAAUUUGUUUCAAAGCCUCAUUGACAAUCUAAUGUUUUUAUGUCUGCUUUUAUUUUGGGAUGGUUUUUCUAGAAAGCAGCCCGCCAGCACCUUCAUCCUGGCAGGGGAUUUCGUCCUGUUCACUCCUCUAGCAUCCGAGGUGAGCUGCUCCCUGGCUGGGUUUUCAGGCUCAGGCACUGGAGGUUGAUUCAUCAGGAGCCAGUGAGGAAGAGGAGGUGCAGGUACCUUCAAAGAUGCCCAGCCCUAAAAAGCAGCUGAGAUCCUCAUGACUGCACAAUCCAAACAUAGGUGGGUGGGCACGGAGGGUCUUGGAGGGGAUGAACUCGCCCCUUGCUUUGAGGCAAAAAUUGGCUUUUAAGGAGAAUGGAGGCAGAAAUUUAGAGUCCCAAAGGUGCCUCCAUCUCCUCCCAGCACCGCUCAUCUUCACUGGCAGAGGAGCCGCCUCCCGAGCCUGAGGUUUUCCAGGUGACACGCACCUCAGAUGGCGUGAACAGGGCCAUCGCCUCCAACCCCCACCCUGAUGCGAGCUGCUUUUUGGACAAAAUUAAAUCUGACUAUAUUUUAUAUCGAUUUGAAAACAAAGUCUGAUAUUUACCCCUGUUCUCAACUGAAUUUGCAUAUUGUUGUUUGCCACAAUAUUUGUUCUGUCUUCAAAUAAAUUUGCUUACUUGUGUAGUCUUAACUGUCUGCUCGGAUCCUUGCCAUCAGAUUAAUCCCUGCUCCAAUGUGCCUGCACCACAGCUCUCCUUUGAGCGCUUCCCAGGAAGGCGAGAAGGAAAUUUUUCUAGGAGGGGGAAUAAUUUCAGGCUGUAAAUGUUCUUCUCCCCGUAAUCUCCCAUUCAUCUCCCCAGGGCUUUUCAAUUUGAUGCCCUUUUUCCCCCCAGUCUUCCAUCAUCGGAUCCUUCUACCCGGGUAAGUGCGUGGCAGAGGAAUGGCAGUGCCUCAGCCUGCUUAAUUUGAGAGAUUGAAUUGUUGCUAACACAUUUUUUCAGGGUGAGGCAUUUCCGCCGGCGGUGUUUUGCAUUUGGGAAUGGAGGGAUUUAUGGCUGCGAGCGGCCGGGAGCUCUGGGCAUCGGCGUCGGCAUCCAAGGCCGGCUCUUCCUGCACAUUGCAUUAGCGAGACGUUGGCA